AUAUCCAAGAUGAAAAUAAGCGGGUCACACGUUUCACGCCACUAACAACCAAUAGCGAGAAAUGGCUGACAUCAAAAGGAGCGAGGAUGUCUUGGGGAAGAAUUGGGAUCGUUGUUUAUCUGACACUAUCAUAAAGAUAGGUGGAGGACUUGGUGUAGGACUAAUUUUUUCAGUUUUUAUUUUCAAGCGACGUCCAUGGCCUAUUGCAUUUGGUGCUGGAUUGGGUGUAGGAAUGGGUUAUUCUAAUUGUCAAAAUGAGUUCAGAGAUCCUUACAAUCUGCAUGGUAAAAUUGUCAAGGUGUUACCUGCAGCUGGUGUGCUGCCCUCAACCAAAUCAAACACUGAAGUGAACAUCGAAUCAAAACCAGAAACAAACACAUAGUGUAUUUGCAUGCUUGGCUGACCAAGGCCAGCAACAUACGUUUGAGGUGCAUGGAAAUUAUGUGCAGUUAAUUUAAGUUUGUACAGUAUAUAACGGAAAUAUAAAAGCUAAAUGGACAGAAGAAAAGUUAAUAAUAAAUUGACAAAUACUUGAAAUGCUCAUCAAAGUAUGCUUGUAAAAAUACGAAAGCUGGAGUUUGAACUCAAUGAGAUGGGAGACAUCAUGGUUGUUUUUAACUUUGUAAAAUAUAGCCAUUGCAGGUCUUGCAAGAUGCCAUAGUGUCGAGACUGGAUGAAGCAGUGCCAAGUCAUGGUGAUAAUUUGCAAAUUUAAAAGUUUCAUCUCGAAUAUAACCUCGAUUUUAGAACUCAAACUGCUAAAAAUUUUAGCAUUACACUUUGAGUAAAGUAUUGUUGUAAUGUGGAGUGCCCUCUUGUGUUAUUAAAAUGUUCCACAUUAUUUGCUGAAUACAUAAAGCAUGCAGCCUGCUGUUUUUACUGUGUUUAAUGAUCUCUGCAGACAUCCAAGUGUUAAAGGAUAUUACUGUUCUAAUAUACGCCAUGACAUUAAGCAAUUACUAGAAUUGGAGAAAACAUAAUGUUAAUGAUUAUGCAGCAUGCAGUGCAAAGGCAGUCUAUAUAAUAAUUUUUGAAGUAAUCGCACUCCAGGCUUUUGUCCAGACUAUUGAUGAACACAUUAAAUGUAAUUAACUAA